AAAUACUCAUAUUUCUACUACUUCUACACAAGCUUCAGAAUCAACAGUGACACUAUUGAGAGAGUGAACCCUCGUUGUGGACAGAGCACAAAAUACCAGACCUCCAAUGUGAAUCCACCAGCCACAUACUCAACAACCCACAAAAUACGAGCUUCAUAAAGAAAUAUUGACAAUGGCUACCUGGGCUUAGAAAUCUGGAAAUAUUUUUACAGAUGACCAACAUAUAGGCAUGCAGAACUAAAAGAUGAAAUGUGAACUGUAGGGGACUUGAGAUGGUUUUAGAACUAUUACUAACCUAAAAAAGGCAAACACGCUCUGAUUAUUUUGGCAACCUCCAAAACUGCAUAAAUGAUAGCGAUGCCAACAUUCCUCUCUCUCACAUGCUCACACCACUGUGCUUUUUCUAUCCAGCGGGGGUCAAUAUUGACUUUUAAUGGCAGCCAUCCUUGCCCGGCAGAGAGCACACCUUUGUGGGUGUGUUCAUGUAGAACAGUGGUGUUGAAAGUCAGUCCCUCCAAGGGGCCGGUGUCCUGCGUGUUUUAGCUCUUUCCCUGGCUCAACACACCUGAAUCAAAUUAUGGUUCAUUAGCAGGAGGCAGUUAGGACCAUUUGAAUCAGCAGUAUUGGAGCAGAAAGUCAUCUAAAACUAGCUGGACACCCAUGAUGAAGUUGCAAACGCAUGCACAUUAUGCGAGAGGAGGGCUUCCUAUUAGGAGAUGUAAGGCAGGAAGAGACUGUCAGCAUCAGUGAUGCACAGAUUAGCAGUUCGGAGCUGCUGCAGGUAGUAGAAAUUCAUAAUCAUGACCCUUGUGCACAUUUAUUUAGCUUUUACGACUACGCAGGUACAGUCAGUGAGGAAAAUCUCAACAGCAUUCUUAAAGAUAGGCGAAAAAACGUCAUCGGUUGGUAUCGAUUCCGGAGAAACACGCAGCAGCAGAUGUCGUUCAGGGAGCAGAUCAUCCACAAACAGCUCACUCAGCUGCUCGGUGUGCCCGACCUCGUCUUCCUUCUUUUUAGCUUCAUCUCUACAGCCAACAGCUCCACGCACGCACUGGAGUAUGUGCUCUUCAGGCCGAACCGAAGUAGGUACAACCAGAGGAUUGUACUCACAAUCCCAAAUCUCGGCAACACAAGCCAGCAGGAAUACAAACUCUCCUCAGUACCCAACACCUCACUCAACUAUGCCAAGGUCAUCAAAGAGCACGGCGCCGAGUUCUUCGACAAAGAUGGUGUAAUGAAGGAUAUCCGAACAAUAUUCCAAGUCUACAGUGCCCUACAAGACAAAGUGCAGGCUGUUUGUGGAGAGGUGGAGCAAAGUGAACGUGUUAGAGAAAAACUUCAAGACGAGGUGAACAAACUCAAGCAACAGACCGCUCUCAGGAAACGCUUAGCUGCAGAAGAGGAAAGACGGCUCCGUGAGGACUCCCGCUCCCCGCCUGAAGAGAACACGGAACCCUGCGAGGCGUCCUCCAUUCUUUCCAGGAUAGCUUUUGACGCACCCUCGGCCCCAGAGCGACCCAUUACCUCACCAAACCCCCCAUCAUACACUGACCUCUUGUCCCAAGAUGACAAUCUGCUCUCCUCCUCUUCCCCGCCGACCAGGGCUGCUCUGUUGCCUCGGCCCCAAGCUGUGGGCUCACCGGGUCACCCAUCCCCGGCCCCCGUCCAGACAGACCUGGGACUCGGUCUCAGGCAAGGCAUGGGCCUCGGUGCCAGUUUGAGUCCUGUUAGCACUCCCAGCACCCCGUACCUCGGCAACGGCGAUGGAUCAAGCUCUGAUUCUUUAGACAGACAAGCUGCUGGGCAAGAGGAUGAUGAUGAUGACGACGAGGAGGAGGAUGAAGAUGAUGCAGAGGAGGACAGUAGUGAAUACGAGAACUUAGUGAGCGAAGGGUCUCAUUUGCCUCUGGUCUCGGCCAGCGUUUUAGCUCAAGGCCGACCGGCUGCCCUCGGCCCCGACGGCGACGCCCGCGACUCACAAAUGACAUAGAAACGCCCUACGGGAUGGGAGAGGGACACGAGUCAGCGACACGCCUGUUAACGGUGGGAAUCUGAAGCAAUCAAAGAUGAGCAAAUGUAGACAAAAGGAAGUGCCAGUCCUGAAAGAGAAAGGCAUACACACAUGGUUUCCCACUGGGUAGUUUGGCAUAUUUUAGGGGAAACCUUGCAAGGCUUUGCAAAUGUCUCACUGGGGUAAAACUUGUCUGUUUCUUUUUUUUUGUUGUUGUUGUUUUUUAUAGAUAUAUAUAUAUAUAUAUUCUUGAGGCCAUUCUAGGUACUUAAAUGUGGACCUGUCUGAUUUCCGAGUCAGAUAUGGAUUCAACAAAGCAAUUUCUGCCAGCUGGUUGGCUAACUUGCUUGUGAUAAAACAGCUAAACACUCUCUUUACGUUUGUUUUUCUGCAUUCUUUGUGUCGCGUUUGCAUCAAAGGCUGAAGCGUUGUUUCUUUGCAAUACUUCUUGCACAAUUUAUUUUUUUUUUAUUCCUUUUGUUUUUUGUUUUUUUUUAGCAAUCCCUUUAAGAAAGUAAAGGGACAUGUUCUGCUGCCUUUAAACAAUAUUAAGCAAAGGCAAAUGAUUACUGACUUAUUUGACUCUGUUCUACAGCAUCCGAUGAUUAAAGCAAAUGGUUGCCUGUUUAAACGAUGAAUAGAUUUCAAGUCAAAUUUACUCUGCCACUUCCAUAAUAGGUGCUUUAAAUUCAUAAUAUGUAUAUGUAUUUUCACAUUAACAGUUUCUCUACUUUGAGAAUAUUAGUGACUCGUCUCUAGGAUUACGUUCAUGUGUUUUGCUGCACUUAAAGCUUAAAAUUCCUUUUUAUUUUUGCUUUACCAAUGCUGACAUAUUGUGUCCUUUUUACAGUCUCAGCUUUUUUUUUUUCUCUGUCUUUAUUUUGCAUUGUACAGGGCUCACGGGGCAAACACAGUGUACUGUAGCUUUACUAACAAAAUGCUUAAAGUUCCCUUUGCUGCUGCAACACAGAGAGAGAGCCACUAGUAAAAGUUGCUUCUAUCUGUUCGUUUUCAUAUAAAACCCGGCUGCUACCUUCAUUUUUACUAUGCUGGUUGUCUCAAUACUACUGACCGUGCUCAUCUAACCACUUCCAACACGCUUUAUUACCGGCACGUCUCUACGAAAGCUGUAAUGAAAGGCCUCUGGAGUGUGUCAAUUUUGAAAGUGGAAAUGCAUCUCUUUGCCUUCUUGUCUUUGCUUAGUUAACAGCAGCGCUAACACAUUCUCAUCUGCUUGGGCCGACGUUGUGUGUGUGGGCGUAGAUAAUGUGAUUUAAUUUUUUUUUUUAUUAUUAUUUUUUUUUUUUUCAUAAAACAUCAUGCCCUUGCUUUAGUAUACAGUGCCUUCCACUCUGGGCAGUCUGUGUCUGUGCUCAGAAUCAAGAUUUUAGUAGAGCAGUGAAAGUAGAUAAACAUCUUCUGCCUUUUCCAUUGUCAGCUUCUAGAGGGGUUUUUAAAAAAAUUACUUUAAGUUAUUGCAACUAUUUCUUCACUGCCGAAAUAUUUUCCAUGUAAUAGGCAUGGGCCAGUUUAAUUUCAAUAUAAAAAUGCUAUGGUAUAAAUUUAUUUCAUCAAAGAUUUAAAACAAAUAGUCUAAAUCUAUUCAUUAACAAGGCAGAGGCAAUAAUUUUUACUGCUACUGAAAUAAUCUUCCUAUGUUGACUAUUACAGGUAUAAUAACACUUUCUGAAAUCUCUGUUAUUUUAAUUUGGUACAUGGACUACUAUGCCACUCCUUUUGUGACAGUGCCAUGAUUUGUGCAUUUGUGCUGUGUGUGAUUUUUGUAAUGGGGAAUGGUUACAACUAACUUAAUUUGUUUGGUAUAAGCAAGGGAAAAGUGGUGUAGUUUCUUUCAGGAAGCUGGCUGGCAGUGCACAGUAAAAGAGGAGAGUGUCACCCUGAGCCCUUCUGUGCUCCGCACAGCAAAGCUUUAAGAGUUUCGUUCAUUAGAUCAGUAAUUCUCAAAGUAUGAUAGCCUUGAGUAAAGACCAGUUUCCAAAAUGUUGACUUUAUGAAAACUGGAAAUAUUAACAGAUUGGAUGUUAUUCUUGGCACUAUGAGGUCUCUGAAAACUGCCAUUUUCUUUCGCAUAUUAUUGAAAAGACUAAACUGACAUAUUUGGGAAAACGUCAAAUAUUUUCAAUAUUUAAAAACCGUAGCUUUUUAAAACUUCAGAAUACAAUUAAUAUAUAGGUAAAUGGCCCAUGCCUAUUGUCUACCUGCAUCCCGAGUUUAUUUCUCUUGCUGUCUGGAUUAACUUCUGUAUCUUAAAGUUGCAAUGUUGGUUUGGCUGCCUAAUUGCUUGAAACUGGAAAUGCAGCCAAGGCCAAUGAACUGAGAAGCCUUCAAGAAAAAGUUGAUGACUGACAUUUAGAUCAAUGCGUUUGCAGAUGGCGCCCACAGGAGCGGUGGAUAACUGGGUUGUGGGACACCUUUUGCAUGAACCGGUGAUUUCUAGACACUGUUAAAUUUAGCAUGGACAAAGCUUGCACUGCACCGGAUAUAUUUUUGUGGAGGGGAGAGGUUUUGUCUUGUGAACAAGCUCGGCUUUAUUUAGACACUCGGUUUGUAUGUCCUUUUUUUUUUUGCUCGUGUGUGUAUCGUUUUAUUUUGUUUUCCCUUGCCCUGAUGUGUAAUGCCAAUGCAUCACUGACCAGGAACUGGCACUCAAAAUGACCUAGAGUAACAAUUGUGCAAAGAAAAAUGAAAUGACUUAAAUGAGCUUUUGAGGAGUGCAAUUUCCUUGGAAUACUGAAUAAAGGAAAUAAAUAAUGAAUGUAUAUUAGACAUUAGUGGAUAACAUAUAAACAGGACUUACUGUACUGUAUAAGCUUGUCUCAGAUGAGUGAUGUGAAGGUAUAGAGCAACAUUUCUCAGAGAUUGUCUUAUAAUCUUUGUUCUUCACACCCUCUGAUAAAAGUUUUGUGGGCGUUGGUCCGGGUGAAAACUUUGCAGCUCCUUGGUGCAGAAGAUUGACCAUAUGUGAGAAUCUACACUGUUUAGAUCGAUAUGUUUUCAAGUUGCAGCAUAAUCCAAAUGUAUACUCACGUACUCUCACUGUACGAGGUGACCUUUUGCUUCCUCUGUGGAGUGGACCGUAACAUAAUCACCUCACCUUAAAGCACAAAGUUCAGUGCACACACCUUAGAUCAUCUGGAAUUUUAUCUGGAUUUGUGUAUAUGAUGAAAGUCGACCAAGGACGUGUUUGGUUAAGCACAGAGAACGAGGUGGAUAAACCGAGGGAUAAUAAAUAAGACGUUCAUAUGUGA